ACUCAUAUUGAUAUGUUAAUUUUGUGUGGUUGAUUGUUUGAUGAUUGUACUAAAUUGUUCUCCCAUGUUUUAGUGCACAGACUCAUGUUAUUUUGAUUCAUGCUCGUAAGGUGUUCGACAAAAUGUUUCUUCCAACAGGCUACGACAAAGGCAAUAUGGUCCAACGGAAUGAUUUCAUUGGAUAUGUCUUCUUUCCUAUGUGUUUUUAAUUGGACUAUAGGCACAGAUGGCGAUUGCAUCAACGUAUAUUUUGCAAUCAUUGCAGAGGAAGCCAAAACCUCUGGCAUAUCAUAUUGGCCAUCUAUAUUUUGUGCUGCUGGAUUUGUUGAAAUGUUUGAAAUGUUGUCUUAUGAGGCAUUUGGUCUAUCAGCAAGCACUGACACUGACAAGCCAUUGAGGAAGACGAAACCCACUAUGGGUGGGGUUAAAGAACCCCCUAUCGAAGAGGAUUCAAGCUCUGCGUCUUAUUCACUGGAAAGAUCAUCUGUAUCAGUAGACUCGUCUACUUCCCGGUAUCUCAGUUUAGCCAUGGAACAUCAUGUGGUUUAUGGCUACAUUAAGAUUCUCACAGACCAACGUAACCAGGCAAGGAAGGAAUUAGAAGCUUCCCUUUUCGAGAGAAAAAGAACCAAAUUGAACUUGUGCAUCUACGACAACAGCUGCCCCAAGUCAAUGGGGCAUUAGAGGAGGCUACAAAACAAAAGAAUGAGUGAAAUAUCAAUUUUUGUGAAGCUCAGCCUCACAUCUCCAUAGUGAUGCUACCUUUCUACGAGAGACAAAGAAUAAAACUGUGUUUGUUCAAGUGCGAUGAUAACUAUGUCUAUUUAAUGUUUCACCAGAGAAUGCUAUAAAUUAAAUGAAUUAUGCACUAGUGUUUGUACUAAAUUUUUUGGCUUAAGAUA